AAUCGUGGCGGCCAAUAUCGCAAGUAUCGCGGUUGGAAUUGUAACUUUCACUGUAUACGUAACUGCAAAAUUAUUCGGUAAACUUCACCACCACGAGUGGGAUUUAGAGGGUGCUGUUAUAUUCAUUACAAAAAAGUUCAGGAUGUCUGACAUCGAAGUUGAUGCUACUGGUGGUGGUGGUGAUAUGGAUGUAAACACUGCUCUUCAAGAAGUUUUAAAAACUGCUCUAACACAUGGCAAGUUGUCCCGUGGUCUUCACGAAGCUGCCAAAUCUUUAGAUAAACGACAAGCACUAUUAUGCGUUUUAGCUACAAAUUGCGAUGAAGCUAUGUACGUCAGACUUGUUGAAGCACUCUGUGCUGAACAUCAGAUUAAUCUUUUGAAGGUUGAUAGCAAUAAAAGAUUAGGUGAGUGGGCUGGACUUUGUACAAUUGACAAGGAAGGAAAAGCUAGAAAAGUUGUUGGCUGCAGCUGUGUUGUUGUGGUGGAUUAUGGAAAAGAAACACAAGCCCAUGAUGUAUUGAAUGAUUAUUUCAAGUCUAAACGAGCGUGAUGAAAUUGUAAUAAAUUAGAAAAAAAGAUUUUGUAUUA